CGCUGCCAGGGGCGUCUGUCUGUCUGUCGGUCAUACUGUCUGCCUGUCUGUCUGUCUGUGGGUCGGUCAUACUGUCUGUCGGUCUGUCGGUUACUCGCCACCAACACAAGCAGCAACGGCAGCGAGGCAGACAGCAGGAAGAACAGCGAGCAGAGAAACAGUCGACAUGUCUCAGCACUCAGACCUGGAGAAGGCCAUCGACACGCUGGUCACCCAGUUCCACUCUGCUUCAGCUGACAAUGCUCCAACUCUGAAAACCGAUGAAUUCAAAGGUCUUCUGUCCUCCCAGAUGCCUAAUCUGGUGAAGAUCCCUUCAGACGACGUGUUCGGGGACAUCCUGCGGAAGAUGGGCGUGGGUGACGGCGAGGGCGUCUCUUUCAAGCACUUCUGGACCCUGAUCCAGUCCGUGGCCACCAAACAACAGAACUUCCUCAGCGAGCAGAUGGGCUCCUCAUGCAGCUGCGUCGUCCUGUAGUGCCCACUCUGUGCAACACGGCGCCCCGUUUAGCUAACGUAACAAUGUGCUCAUCACUUUCCUCCAACGGUGUCAGACAGAAUACAAAGUAUCGUACAAUAAAGCAAGCCGUUUCUAACCUUUGUGACUCCAACAUCACAUUUUAAAUGUUGUGAUCUCUCAUCUUCUGCCAGGAUGCUGCCCAGUUUGCAUCAGUUGAAGUUCAAAUUCUCACAUUGUCCCAAAUCUGCAUGUUAUUAUAUUUUUUUAACUACAAUUUCAACAUCAUACAUUAAAAUAAUGUGAUACUCAAGCUGUAUGAGUGUACCAUCAGUCAGAGUUGAUCCAUAGGAACAUGGAGGAGGAACCUCCAGUAGCUUUAACACAUUUUGAGUUUCUUUCUUUCUUUGUGCAGAAGUGCCUCCAAUUCACAGCUUCUGUUAUCGUCUUAGCAAUGGCACAUUCAAAUAUGGAACCUUGUCUAUAAAUAUAUGACACUAAUCUGAAUUUGACAUUGUGUGUCUACCUUGGAUAGAUACUAAAUGUCGGUAUAUUUGACACCUUAAAUGUUGUGCUUUGUGCAGUAAUGCUUCACACUGUGUACGCCUGCAUUUUCUAUGUAUUUAUAUUUUGUAAGUCUCUGUAUUCUGACCUGUGUGACACCUAAAGAAAAAUGAUGUAAUAAACAUACAAAGAAAUCAUUA